CGAGUGUAACUUGCUAUGUUGAUUACUGUGGAGUAGGCCGAGGUCGAACUUGGAAGUUAGAUAAAAGGAAGCUGGUCUGAGAGUCGUUAUAUUUUCCUUCCUUGCCAAAAAUGGCUCUGACCUCGCUGCAUUCCUCACCAAAUCCUACUUUUGUAAACGAAAACGGCACUGUAUCAUUCUUAAAGAAACAUUCGUGUUCAUCCACUUCAACUACUGCUAGUACUGUAUUCUCUGCUUUGCCAUUCAAGUCAACCUUGUUCGGCAACAAAACGCUUUCAUUGGAGAAAACCCGAUUUCGACCCGGAUCCUUUCACGUUUCCGCCAUCAAUUCAAGCAGGGUUUCAUGUCAUACAUUCGAUGUUGUGAUAAUCGGUGCUGGCAUAAUCGGAUUGACCAUCGCCCGCCAGUUUCUUCUCGGGUCGGAUCUGUCCGUUGCUGUUGUUGACAAAGCCCUCCCUUGUUCUGGUGCCACCGGUGCCGGGCAGGGCUACAUAUGGAUGAUACACAAAACACCUGGGAGUGACAAAUGGGACUUGGCAAUGAGAAGUCAUAAAUUGUGGAAGAAGUUUGCAGAGAGUGUAAGUGAUCAAGGCUUGGACCCUCUUCAAGUAUUGGGAUGGAAAAAGACAGGAAGUUUGUUAAUUGGUAGGGAUCCUGAAGAGUUGCUCAUGUUGCAAGACAGGGUGAAGCAAUUGUCUGAAGCUGGGUUGAGAGCUGAAUACUUGCCUGGCAGUGAUUUGCUUCGAAAGGAACCUGAAUUAAUGAUUGGAGAACAUAGUGGGGCUGCCUUUUUACCGGAUGACUGCCAGUUAGAUGCUUUGCAUACUGUUGCAUAUAUUGAAAAGGUUAACAGAGAUUUCAUAUCAAAAGGAAGGUAUGCAGAGUUCUUCCAUGACCCUGUUAAAUGUUUAUUAAGAUCUCAUAGCACAGGUGAGAUUGAAGCAGUUCAGACUUCCAAAAACACGAUAUACUGCAAAAAAGCUAUCAUAGUUGCAGCUGGUUGUUGGAGUGGAUCUUUGAUGCAUGAUCUAUUUAGGGAAACAGAUAUUAUAUUGGAUGUCCCUGUAAAGCCUCGAAAGGGCCACUUGCUUGUGCUUGAGAAUUUUAAUCUUCUUAAAUUGAAUCAUGGUACAAUGGAGGUGGGUUAUACUUUUCAUAAUAAUCUGACUCUGCAUCAAGAAUUGGAGGAGAAUGGGCAGAUGUUGUCUGUUUCAAUGGGAGCCACUACAGACAUGACAGGAAACCUUGUUCUUGGGACCAGCCGCCAGUUUGUAGGGUUCAACACAGAAGUGGAUGAAUCAGUAAUCGAACGUAUAUGGACACGGGCUGCAGAGUUCUUUCCCAAAUUAAGAGACUUUUCUCUCACAGACUUAAGUAGGAGCAGAAAAGUGAGGAUAGGAUUGCGCCCUUACAUGCCUGAUGGAAAACCCGUUAUUGGGCCUGUCCCCAGUCUAUCAAAUGUAUUCCUUGCAACUGGUCAUGAAGGAGAAGGACUUUCUUUGGCUUUGGGGACUGCAGAAAUGGUUGCUGAUAUGGUAUUGCAAAAUCCCUUAAAGGUUGAUGGAGCAACAUUUGCCGUUCAAGGUCGAUGUAACUAACACAGUUGAUAAAAUAGGUUAAUGUUACUCUCUCAAUGUAUGAAGGAAGAGGUUUGGUGGGAAAAGCCUCUUGUGAUAUCAAGUUAACCAUCUGUACCCCUAUGAUGGACUGAGGUAGGAAUUUAAUGUUUUCAAUUACUAAUAUAUAUUAGAAAAAAUACAUUUAAUUA